AUGACUCGAGCAAGCGUGGUCUUCUUCGCAGCCUCUCUCGUCUCGCUCUCGCUAAUGUGGCUCGCCGACGCCAGAAUCCCCGGCGUUUACUCCGGCGGCGCCUGGCAAACCGCCCACGCCACCUUCUACGGCGGCUCCGACGCUUCCGGCACCAUGGGUGGGGCUUGUGGGUACGGGAACUUGUACAGCCAGGGCUACGGCGUGAACACGGCGGCGCUGAGCACGGCGCUGUUCAACAGCGGGCUGAGCUGCGGGGCGUGCUUUGAGAUCAAGUGCGCCAACGACCGCAGGUGGUGCCACUCGGGGAGCCCCUCCAUCUUCGUCACCGCCACCAACUUCUGCCCGCCGAACUACGCCCUCCCCAACGACAACGGCGGGUGGUGCAACCCUCCCCGCCCGCACUUCGACCUUGCCAUGCCCAUGUUCCUCAAGAUCGCCGAGUACCGCGCCGGCAUCGUCCCAGUCUCUUACCGCCGGGUGCCAUGCCGGAAGCGGGGAGGGAUAAGGUUCACCAUCAACGGGUUCCGGUACUUCAACCUGGUGCUGAUCUCGAACGUGGCGGGGGCCGGGGACAUCGUGCGGGUGAGCGUGAAGGGGUCGAGGACCGGGUGGAUGAGCAUGAGCCGCAACUGGGGCCAGAACUGGCAGUCCAACGCCGUGCUGGUCGGUCAGUCGCUCUCCUUUCGCGUCGCCGCCAGCGACCGGCGCUCCUCCACCUCCUGGAACAUCGUCCCCGCCGGCUGGCAGUUCGGUCAGACCUUCACUGGAAAGAACUUCAGGGUCUGAGGAGCAGGCCUUUAUUCACCGUUUUGCCCCCGCGGAUGGCGCCAUUUUACCAAAUCCCGUUCGGAAGAUGCCCCGCUUCUCCUUUUCUCGUUUUUAUGUUUAACUCGAAGGUGUUGGUUGGGGAACGUAAAAGCGAACAGAGAGUCAGACUACCUUUUGACUUUU